AUGCGGAAAAAGACGCGUUUCGUCUGCGUCUCUGAUACACACGGAUAUACACCCUCCGAAGCCGGCUUCAAACUACCCUCAGGGGAUGUCUUGAUUCAUGCCGGCGACCUGACAAACAAUGGAAGCCUAAAAGAGCUCCGCAGGACAAUGGAUUGGAUCUGCAAGGCCGACUUUGAAAUUAAGAUCUUAGUCGGUGGCAACCACGAUGUCACCUUAGACCCAAUAUUUUACGGAGAUCAUGGACAAAGCUUCCACGGCCAGUUUCUCGAAGAUUCACAUCACUGCCUAAAAUUGAUCACGGAGUCGCCUUCGGUCGUCUUACUUCGCCAUGAGCCCGCCUUGAUUCGUUUGACGCGAGCAGACGGACCAAACACAGUAUUCAAAAUCUUUGGGUCCCCGUACUCGCCAUCACAGGGAAACUGGGCCUUUGGAUACGAAUCAAAUGAUGCUGCUACGCUGUGGAGUCAGAUACCAAUCGACACGGACAUCCUCGUCACGCAUACGCCACCACGGUCUCACUGCGACCAGAAACCUAAUGGAAUAUUCGUGGGGUGCGCUGCACUUCGUAGUGCAUUGAGCCUCAUCAGGCCGCAUUUAGCUGUUUGUGGCCAUGUGCAUGAAGGACGAGGGUACGAACGAGUUUACUGGCAAGGCAAACCUAUCAAGACAGAAACAGAAACACAACCAGAAGCUGAUUCAGUUGACCAUGUCACUCGAGGCGUUCUGCCACCCAUGGGAAGUAAGAAACAGAGCCUUGUUGAUUUGACUGGCAAACGGGAUAAACGACUAGACAACGAGGGAUUUUCAUAUCCUGGGCAAAGACAGCAUGAUUUAGCGGAGACACAACCGAUGUCAUCAGCCUCACCAGGGUCAGAGUCAUCUGUUGGAGUUCUUGAAAAGGCAAGUCCACGAAACUCGCCGAGCGCUCAUCUGCCCCUGGGUGCGGGGGGCAAACGGUUCAAUUCGCCGAUUGUGGUCGAUCUUGAACUUCCCGUGUGGCAGGAUGACCACGCGGUUGCGAAUGGAUGA